AAAAACAUAAACAAGAGAAAAAAACAGAAGAAAAAUGGAGAACAAGAGCAGCAGCUUGGAGCAGACACUGCAAGAUGGGAAGCUUCAUAGGCACCUUAACUCCCUCAUUGUUUCCCAUCUUCGUCACAGUAAUCUCACUCAGGCUGCAAGUGUAGUUGCAUCAGCUACAAUGACACCUUUGAAUGUUGAAUUCCCUCCCAAUAAACUUCUUGAGUUGGUUGCUAAGGGUCUUGCUGCAGAAAAAGAUGAGAUGUUAAGAGGGGUUAAUUCUACUGCAAUGUAUGAUUCAGGAACGUUGCAGCCUGCAGCAUAUGGCUCGACCCCAGCUCCUCGUGUUACGUCUGUUGAUUUUGGUGCUGCACAUGACACAAAAGGCUCUUCAAAGAAUUUUCCAAAGCAUGAGACCCGACAUCUUUCUGAACACAAGAAUAUUGCCAGAUGUGCUAAAUUUAGUCCUGAUGGAAGGUUUGUUGCCACUGGAAGUGCGGACACAUCAAUUAAGCUCUUCGAGACCUCAAAAAUCAAGCAGAUGAUACUAUCAGAUGCCAGGGAUGGCCCCGUUCGACCAGUCAUACGAACAUUUUAUGACCAUAUACAACCGGUAAAUGAUAUAGACUUCCAUCCUCAAAACACCGUUCUUAUAUCUGGAGCCAAGGAUCACACGAUAAAAUUCUUUGAUUUUUCCAAAGCUACCGCAAAGAAAGCAUUCAGGGUUAUCCAGGAUACUCACAACGUCCGUUCAGUGUCCUUUCAUCCUUCUGGUGAUUUCGUUCUUGCAGGAACUGAUCAUCAACUUCCACAUUUGUAUGAUAUCAAUACAUUUCAGUGCUAUCUAUCUGCUAAUGCCCCAGAAAUCAAAAUUAAUGGAGCCAUUAAUCAGGUGAGAUAUUCAUCUACGGGUGGCAUGUAUGUGACAGCAUCUAAAGAUGGUGCUAUUCGGUUGUGGGACGGGGUGACUGCUGAUUGUGUGCGAUCCAUAGUUGGUGCACAUGGAACAGCAGAGGCCACAAGUGCAACAUUUACAAAGGAUCAACGGUUUGUCCUCACUUGUGGCAAGGACUCUUCAGUUAAGCUGUGGGAGGUUGGCAGUGGAAGAUUGGUCAAACAAUACGUCGGAGCUACUCAUACACAAUUAAGGUGUCAGGCUGUUUUCAAUGACACUGAAGAGUUUGUACUAUCCAUAGACGAACCAAGCAACGAGGUUGUUGUUUGGGAUGCUCUAACAGCGGAGAAAGUUGCAAGGUUGCCGUCCAACCAUAAUGGUGCACCCCGGUGGAUCGAGCACUCACCGACAGAGGCAGCAUUUGUAUCUUGUGGGACUGACAGGUCAGUCCGAUUCUGGAAAGAAACUAUUUAAGUGAAUUGAAGCAGAUCAAUACAUUCCGAAAAAUACGUUAUGUAAAAUUCGUUUCAUAAAUCCGAGGUUAGUUUUGCAAAUUUUCUUAUCCGGCUAUUCCUUUUCACAUAUAUCAAGGAAUUCAAGGCUUAACUAUAAAUGGUUUGCCGUUUUUCUUGAAAUGUGAUUAGAUCUGCUUUAUUACACUAUGAUUUGAAUCAAUUGUUCUACGAGGCAACAAUUGUAUCAUUCUUAUCUGUAAACUUCAUAUACCAGGAUUGCAUAAUAUAUAUAGGGUAUUACAUAAUAAAAUGUAGGGCGUAUUCAGUAUUUG